AUGCAUACUCCAUCCAUCAAUAUUUUGCUCGCUGUGGGCCUUCUCUUCUCUACCCCAUUCACAUCAGCUCUUACUAUCCCUUCGAUCGACAAGAAGUCUAUCGCUGGUACAGGCAUAGAAUCCAUCGAGACUCGUGACAUUCCUGGUCUCAUCAAUCGUCAUCACACCGAGGCCCAGAUCGCCGCUAAAGAGGCAAAGACAAAAGGAAAAGGACAGCGCGAUGUUUUGGAAAGAGAAGCACAUCACACCGAAGCACAGAUUGCUGCCAAGGAAGCUAAGGCCGGGAAGAAGAAUGGUCGCGAUGUUGAAACCAGGCACCACACCGAAGCACAAAUCGCAGCAAAAAAGGCAAAAGCUUCCAAAAAUCAACGUGAUGUAGAAGAAAGAGAGCCUCACCACACCGAGGCUCAAAUUGCUGCCAAGGAAGCCAAGGCCGGGAAGAAGAAUGGACGCGAUGUUGAGAGCAGACAUCAUACUGAAGCACAAAUCGCCGCCAAAGAAGCCAAGGCCAAAGCCAAGAACCAGCGCGACGUGGAACAACGUGAAGCUCAUCACACUGAGGCCCAGAUCGCUGCUAAGAAGGCCAAAGCUUCUAAGAAUCAACGCGACGCUACCAUUGAGGAGCGCGAGCCUCACCAUACCGAAGCGCAGAUUGCUGCUAAGCAAGCUAAAGCUGGUAAAUCCAAGGGACAAUAG